GUUCCAUUUAAGCUACAACAUGCUUUUGAAUCAAUUGAGAUGCAAAGACGGUGAUCCAGAAAAUUUGCUUCGUAAUUCAUUCUAUCAAUUUCAAGCUGAUCGAGCCAUCACUGAUCUUGAGAGACAAAUGAAAGUUCUUCAGGAGGAAAGGGACGCAAUUCACAUUGAAGAAGAGGAUAGCUUAGAAAAUUAUUACUCUUUGUUGGAGCAAUAUAAAAACUUAAAGAUGGAUGCAUAUACUUUGGGAUUGGAAGCUGAAGUUGCAAAACUAAAAGAAAUCAACCACGAAUUGCUUAAAAAACAGGCAUGUAACUGUAACUUUAAUCAUCAUUAUCAUGUUCAUGAACUGUUUGAAUGUUUGUUGUUGACCUGUUGUGUCACUGCAAGAAGAGAUGAUGGAGAAUAAUCAGGUAUGUAUUCAAAUAAUAACCUCCAUAUCAACUUAAAGUCAUGUCACAAGUUAUUAGUAUUUUGUAGGUGUUUUAAGAAGUUAU